ACAUGAUAUCCAUAUUUUAUGUGUAUGAAGUCCACUUUUCAUAUCAGCAACUAUAAGAGAUGGCUGGAGAAACUAGUAGUGACGCUUGGAAAGACCUGUUCGAUGCUAGAUCAACAUCACUCUGUGGAUAUGUGACAUCUUCCACAAAAUUGGACAGGUUGCUACAGGAGUACGAAUAUGCAACUUCCUCCAGGUUCCGUUGUUUAAGAAGUUCCAAACAAUUUGGAAAGGAUCUGGAUGAAGGAAAGGUUGAUAAAUCCCUUAUCAGAUUUGUGGACACUCAGGAAAAUGCCAAACCCCAUAUAGAAUAUGAUGGCAUCCCUCUCAUAAUAAUGGGUAAAAAAGUAAUGGAAUGCCAUCAAGGACAUGACAGAGACAGAAACAGCAACAAAAAGAAACAACUGAAAGCAAGAGAAGAUUCUGACCACACCUAUAAACCAAAACGUCGUUUGGUGCAGAACAGCAAAAAGAAAGCUUGUCCUGUUCGAAUUAAAAUUCGGCAUGUUGUGAAGUUCUUAAGCUAUUCGCUUUCCAGUGAAGAAAAGACACCUCAUCAGAAGAAGAAACUGGUUAGGAAUCUUAAAGAAGACCUGAAAAAUUCACCUGCAGAGAAUAUUGAACAUCGUUUUUAUGUACAGUUCCCUGAGGUUGAAGAUCAUAGAAACCACCUGAAAGCAGAGGCAUCCAGUAUCCUCCAACCAAUGGACAAAAGACUCUCUGAUUAUAUCAACAGAGUUGUCAUUGAACAUGGGGUGACUAGUACUCUAAAAAUGAAAUUGCUUUUAGAGGUUUUUUUACGACAGUCCAUUUUCAUCAAUGCUUCUCUUCCACCAAGACAUAACAAAAGAUUCUGGUCAUCACUGAAAGAUAUCUACAAUCACAUGGCUGCACAGUUUUUGAAACUGAGAGAUAGCCGUGUUGACCAGAAAUUAGUUGUUGAAAUGGUGGAAGAACAAAGAUCAUUGCAUCCAAAUGAAAAGUUCUAUAUCAGAAUAAAAAAGGACCAGGAACCAGAUCAUGAUAUUGAUGUUCCUGAUGAGAAUGUGUUCCUUGAUGAAGACUUUAUGAUAAGAAAUGAUAGACAAAAUGUGGGUGUACAUAAGUUUUUGUAUGUACAUCAAACACCAUGGCAGAGACAGCUUCUAAAAAGGUAUGGCAAUGAAAUCUGUCUCCUGGAUGCCACAUAUCGUACCACCAAGUAUUCCCUGCCAUUGUACUUCCUAUGUGUUCCAACAAAUGUUAAUUACAUGACUGUUGCGACGUUUAUCCUGGAAACAGAGGACAGCUUCUCAAUUCAGGAAGCUUUAUCAGUCAUCAAAGCUUGGAAUCCUGAUUGGAAGCCCGCAUAUUUCAUGUGCGAUUAUGCUGAAGAGGAAAUUAAUUCCAUUGAAUCUGUAUUUCCAGAUGCAUUCGUGUACUUAUGCGAUUUUCAUCGUGAACAAGCAUGGGAACGAUGGUUGAAAGCUUCACAUAAUGGUGUUGGAAAGGAUAAAGUGGAAAUUUUAAGAUUGCUGCGAUCCAUUGCAAGGUCCAAAAGUGUAGAAGAAUUUGAAUUGGCAAAGUCCAAAUUACAGGAAAGUCACUUUUGGGAAGACAACAACAGAUUCAGAAGAUGGUUCGAAGGCAGAUGGCUGAACAAACACAAGAGGUGGGUCCAAGCAUUCCGCCAGAAAAGAUUUAAUACAUCUGUAAAUACCAACAAUGGUGUAGAAAGACAGAAUAAGUCUUUAAAAUAUGAGUAUUUGGACACCAAAAAAGCAAAAUCCCUCUGCCACCUUCUUACUGUUAUGUGGAAUGAUUUUCUUCCAGAUACUUACCAAAGGUAUGUGAGACAAAAUUUGUCAGCAGCAGAAGAAGCAAAGACUUACAGUGCAAAUAUACCAGAUUUUCUGAGAAAUAGGCCGAAAAAUGUAGUCAAACACUGUUUCACAAGAUGGGAAGAAUCUAUCAAUAUACCAGCAAAUGAUAUUGAUCAAGUAGGAGAUGGUCACUUUCUUGUUAAAAGUCAAAACCCUGGAAGUUCAGAGGUUUACAGUGUGAACUUCUUCUCAACAGAGUUCCCUGUACCAUCAUGUGACUGUGAUGACUGGGCAAGACAUCAUAUGGUAUGUAAGCACUUCUCUGCAAUAUUUAGACACAUGAAUGGCUGGCAUUGGGAACAACUACCUGCAGAGUAUAGGAACAAUCCCUUCCUUACUCUUGAUAAAGAUGUUCUACUGGAGUAUAACUCAUUCCCGGUUCAGGAACGCAAGGAGGAAAGCAAUAGGUUAGACAAACAAGCUCAAAAGGAAACUGCCAUAAAAGAACAGUCCAAUAUUAGAGAAAUUAGCUUGCCUAGUAAAUCCAAACUCUCAAAACUACACUCCAACAUAAGUAGCUACUGUCAAAUAAUCAAAGACUAUGCAUAUAACUGCAAGGAUAAUGGAAUUUUGCAAGAAAUUUGUCAAAAUUUGCAUGUAAAUGUAGAUGUGCUGAAGCGUAACUUGUCCCAGGAAACUGACUCAACAGAGUUCAUUUUGGAUAACCCAGAGAAAAAGAUGACCCACAUUGCAACAGCAAACAUAAACCGGUUAUCGCUUUCAAAGAGAAAGAAAAAAGGGGCUGGGAGGCAUGGUGUAUCAGCAGAAAAAAUGAAGUAUCAUUAUUCUUCAAAGGGAAUAGAUGACCUCAUGACAGAAAGUAAUGAAGAAAGAUGUGUAGAUGAGGAAGUAAUUACUAUCGAGGAUGAUGAUGAAUACAUGCAUAUUCCAGAGUCAAAAGCUUGUCAUACAACAGGUUUUGGGGCGGAGGAAGAUACAAUUACAGCAUGUAGGUUGGUGCAGAAAUUAUGGUCAAUGCCAAGUGACUAUCAUAUUCCAGUGGCAAAGGUUGAUGGAAGAAAUAUAACAGAUACAGAUAUAAGGUCCCUUAGGCCAGGACAAUGGCUGACUGAUGUGAUAAUGGAUAGCUACAUCUCUUUGCUGGCUGUAGCCCAGAAUGAUAUGUAUAAGAAGGUUUUGCACUAUGAUACACUAAAGAUGACCAGCAUCAUUGAGGGUACAUUUGUAAGGCCCCAAACUUCUAAAGAAAUGAAGAUAGAAGAACUAGAUGCUGAUAUUGUAGUGGGGACUUACCACAGAUCUGGUCACUGGACAUUAGUAGUUGUGGAAAUGAAACAAGGAAAGAUCUAUUUUUAUAAUCCUUGUGGGGAAAGACCAGCUGAAAUGAAAAAAAUAGAAAGGAGAUGGAGGAAAUACGUGGAAGAUGUUGAAGUUGCUUGUGGUGUACAAUUUCCAUUAAGGACCUGGAGUGUUACAAACACUGCUCAUUCUAAACAGAAAGACUCUUUCAAUUGCGGAAUCUACUGUUUUAUAUUUGCAGAAAAGCAUAUGACUAACAAGCUUUGUGACUUACAAUCCAUCACUGGGAAUGAACUGGAGGAAACGAGAAGAUCAGUAGCAGAACAUAUCAUGUUGUAUGAAGGUAAAAACUAAGAAUCACUGAUUUAUCUGUUUAGUAUAUUAAAUGUGUUAUCUAAGUAAAAAGUAUGUCAAAGGAAUAUAUCUACAUUCACUGAAUCUUUUCUCUUAUAUCUAUUUUGAUAUUGACAUUUUUUUCAUC